CGAUCCCGCGCCGUGAUGUUGUCGGCGCCACGCCGCGAUCGUUCCACCACGACGCCGUAAAGCGCAAUAAUACUGCUGGUGCGUACCAUGUGCACCCUACCAUACGCAACCGGUCGGCGGCGCAAACGAGCGCGGACGACGCCCGGAAGUCUGCGGUGGAUGUCGGUGGGCGUUGCUGGGCCACUGUUGGUGCUGCUGCUGCUGCUACUGACCAUCAUCGGAAGUGUUGUGCAGUGUCAAACGUUUAUACGGCGAACAGCCAACGUUUGCCGCACGGACGAUGAAUGUCCGCUGCAGGCGUACUGCGAACGGUACAAUUCCGUCCACGAGUAUGGCGUGUGUUCGUGCAUGGCCGGUUACUUCGCCGUGACAGACAGCAAUAACACGCGUCGAUGCUUGAGAGCGGCUACCGAUAUCGGUGACUACUGCCUACACAACGACCAGUGCCAGUACACGCUCAGCACGGGCAACUCGGAAUGCCGCGACAACUCCUGCCAGUGCGUGGACGGUGCGCACUACGUCGAGCGGGAGAAGCGCUGCUACAAGACGAGCUACCUGGGCGAGUACUGCCGGCUGACGAACAACUGCAUCGGCAACGAUACGUACUGCCGGGACGGGAUCUGCGUGUGCACCCCGGGCAAGCAUCCGAACGCGGACCGCAACCGCUGCCUGCACGAUGCGAAGCUGGGCGACCAGUGCUUCCGGGACGAGGAAUGCGUGACGGACAAUUCGCGCUGCGCGCAGGAGAUCUGUACGUGCCGCGUCAGUCACGUGCUGAACGAGCAGCGCAAUCGGUGUUUGCCCAUUGCGAGCAAAAUUUACGACCUUUGCGAGGAAAACAUACAGUGUUUGUACAACAUUCCACACUCCCAGUGCCGCAUCACCACCGGGACGGACGGUAUAACGGCGGGCCGGUGCACCUGUGCGAGCCGAUUCCACGAGGCAGGAUUUAAAUGUGUUUCGUCGGUACACUUGAACGGGAUUUGUGAGGUGAACGAUAAUUGCAUCGAUCGCGACACGGGCUGCUAUCAUGGACGGUGCCGCUGCAUAGAUCACAUGAUCGAGGUGGAUGGCAUUUGCUCCGGUGCUUCAACGUUCCGGCCAAACAGUUUAGCGUAUGGGCUAGUACUUAUUACCGUGCUGGGUACACUGUACGGUAUUAGCUGACCAUGACGCAGCUGCGCACACGAACACCAAAAAUUCUCUUUCCAAAACAAUCUCCUUUAGUAUCUAGAACUUAACAUACUCAGUGAACGGUUUGAAAAAACGACCUUGCAUUCCAUCCUAAUGUACUGGUAGCCUUACCUCAACCUCAUGCUUGGACCAAAAUGGAAAACCAAUGAACCCUCGGGCGUGCUUAACACUGUUAUUGAUUGUCCAGUUUCGAACAUGUUUUAUAUUAGUAUGUGCUAUUUAAUUAAUAAACACGUUGUUGUAAGUGAAAAGUG